UUUGGAAAUCCCGCCCACUUUCUCAGACUGCAAAUAAGGCUGCAAACAGAAGGUGCUCAACAGUUUGAGCUUUAACCAAGUGAGUUAAAAGUCAUCUGCAGUUUGAAGAUCCACUUCAGAGCACUUUAAUAACCCCGCGGAACAAGAAUAAAAAAGGACUCACUCACUUUGCUUUGGAGAGGACUUGCACAACCUGCAAAAAAAAUGAUUUUCGACAAGUUGAAAAAGUUUGACAUCGUCUUCGACUCUCCGGAGGUGGACUGUCCUCCGGUGUUCAGCAGCUCGGACGUGGUGUCCGGCCGGGUGGUGGUGGACCUGUCCGGGGAGAGCCGGGUGGACUCCCUGAAGCUCCACGCUGAGGGAUUCGCUAAAGUGCACUGGACCGAGUCCCGGUCCGCCGGCUCCAGCACCGCGUACACCCAGAACUACAGCGACGAGGUGGAGUACUUGAACCGGAGAGAGGUGCUGCUGCAGGCAGAUAAUGGUGAAGUUACCGUCCUCCCUGCAGGCAGACAUGAAUUUCCAUUUAGCUUCCAGCUGCCUGAGGAGACGCUGGUCACCUCUUUUGAGGGAAAACACGGCAGCAUCCGUUACUGGGUCAAAGUUAAACUACACAGGCCUUGGGCCACCGUCAGGAAGAUCAAGAAGGAGUUUACAGUCAUCGAGCCCAUUGACAUCAACACACCGGCUUUUCUGGCGCCACAGGCUGGAACCAAGGACAAGAUGGCACGGGCAUGGUACCGCAACUUUGGACAGGUGUCUGUAACGGCAAAGAUCGACCGCAAAGGCUACACACCAGGUGAGGUGAUACCUGUCUUUGCGGAGUUUGACAACUCUACCUCCAGAUCAGUUGUGCCCAAAGCCUACAUCACUCAGACACAGACGUUCAUCGCCCGCGGCACCAUGAAGCAGAAGCGCGCGGUGGUGGGCACACUGUGCGGUGAUAUUGUGGGGGCCAGAUGCAGGGAGACGUGGCAUGGUCGCGCCAUCAAGAUCCCACCUGUGGGUCCCUCCAUCCUGCAGUGUCGCAUCAUCAAAGUCGAGUACAUGCUCAAGAUUUGUGUCGAUGUUCCUGGGACGUCCAAGCUGUGUCUGGAACUGCCACUGGUCAUAGGCACCAUCCCCCUCCAUCCGUUCGGCAGCCGGACCUCCAGCGUCAGCAGCCAAUACAGCGUCAACCUGGAGUGGCUGCGCAUGGCCAUCCCCGAGCAGCCUGAGCCUCCUCCGGAUUACAGCUCCGUAGUGACAGAGGAGGAGGCCGAGCAGCGUAACAACUCAGUGGUCCCGCAACCCGCCGAAGAUCUGAGUGGGAUCCUGGAGCGCCCCCUCAUGGCAUUUGUUCAAGAGUUUCGCUUCCGACCUCCGCCAGUGUACAGCGAGGUUGACCCCAACCCUCAGCCCUUAAACAUGAGACCUCGCUGCAUGACGUGUUGAACCAUGAGCCUCGUCUGAGCGUCAAGCAACUUAACUUAAAGAAACAAAUCAAGAGAUUUGUCUUCUCCUGGAUUACUUCUCUCCAAUAAAUGGCACCUGGUUCCACAGUGUCGAGGACAGGGACUGGAGCGCCAAGGAGAGUUCAAGAGCUCACAGGAACUGGAUGUCAGUGGAGGAGCCGCUACUUUAUUUCCAGUCCAUAAAGAAAAAGUGAACUCUUUCCUGUUCUUUUACGAGGAAAGUAGCACUUCCACAUCAGUUCCUGUCCUCCACAAGUGAUUUUUGGCUCCCUUUUUACGGAGUGAGUUACAAAUGCAUCCCAAUCAACGAUUCCCUCAUGUCAAGUGGACUUUGAGAUUUAAGGAGUUUAACACAUAUUGGGGGUGAAAGGUAACUUGAUAUUUGUUAGAUGGAGAGUUGGACUUGCACCUCACGUUCAAAAAAAGCACUCUGGAGAAGCUGACAUAUGUUUAGAAGCACGUUGUCAUGAUUGAUUAGCGUAAAAAGGUGCAAUCUUAACUUUCCAACUCUUCUUUAACUGGCAACCCAGUAGAAACUAACAACCUACAUUGCUAUGCAUCGUGUGACUGAGCAGCAUUGCGCCGGCGAUGAUUUCUACUAUUUGUUAAGCACAUACUGUAUCUGAAGGUGUGAUGGUGCAGCAGACAAGUCAAGUAAGCCGAUGUUGAUGUAUUUAAUGCAUGCAGGUCACGAUAUGUAAAAGGGAAAAAUAUGCAUGCCAUAAUUAUCUGCAGUCGAAGAUUGCACCAGAGUUUCAUGAAGUCGUUCUCUCAUAGAGAGGAAUAGAGCUGAAUUAAUUCAGCAAGAACUCUGUACAAAAAUAGUUGGCUUGUGUGUGGAUGGAUUCCGAGAGGUGUGUUAAUGCAAGCCUUAAGGCACUGAAGAUAGACGCCAGAUUGUUGGCCGUCAGAUAGCUGUGAUGGUUGAUUCCAGCACAGCGAUGAAAUAAGGUGAGCAGUGUGUGUAUAAAGCUGCACGAGGCUCUUAGAUUAGCUCUCCCAGCUGCUAAACAACAGGAGGAGGAGAUGGAGACCUCUGAGCCACGUGGUCUGAAGCUUUUGAUGGGAGCCAGAUGCCUCGGUGCUGUGGAGCACUUUGUCACGCUCAACAAGAACGAAGUGCUCAGCAGUCAAGUCGAGCCUUAAGCUGGAGAUGCCACUGAAAUGUAUGGACAAAGAACAUUCCAAAAACUCGAGGAUUGUGUUUUCUCCUCAACUUCCAAAAAGACUGUAAGAGUAUGAAAUAAGACCUCAGGGUCAGCUAUGCGACUUCGGUGGCACUCACUGAAAAAAACAAAUAUAUUUUUUUAUACGAAUUGUUGAUUCACAAUCUUGCCAAAGUUUUGUAAUCUUUUUUUUAUAAUAAAAAUGUGUCUUCAGUG